AUGUAUUUGUCAAGAUUCCUGUCGAUCCACGCCCUUUGGGUUACAGUGUCGUCAGUGAUGCAGCACUACCCUUUGGUGUGGGGACAUUAUGAUGUGUGCAAGACUCAGAUUUACACAGAAGAAGGGAAAGUAUGGGAUUACAUGGCCUGUCAGCCGGAAUCCACGGACAUGACAAAGUAUCUGAAAGUGAAACUCGAUCCUCCGGAUAUUACCUGUGGAGAUCCUCCUGAGUCCUUCUGUGCAAUGGGCAAUCCUUACAUGUGCAAUAAUGAGUGUGACGCAAGUACCCCAGAGCUGGCACAUCCUCCGGAGCUGAUGUUUGAUUUUGAAGGAAGGCAUCCCUCCACAUUUUGGCAGUCAGCCACUUGGAAGGAGUACCCCAAGCCUCUCCAGGUUAACAUCACUCUGUCUUGGAGCAAAACCAUUGAGCUCACAGACAACAUCGUGAUUACCUUUGAAUCCGGGCGACCAGACCAAAUGAUCCUGGAGAAAUCUCUGGACUAUGGACGCACGUGGCAGCCUUAUCAGUAUUAUGCCACGGACUGCUUGGAUGCGUUUCACAUGGACCCCAAAUCCGUGAAGGAUUUAUCACAGCACACGGUCUUAGAAAUCAUUUGCACAGAAGAGUAUUCCACGGGGUAUACCACCAACAGCAAAAUAAUCCACUUCGAGAUCAAAGACAGGUUCGCCUUUUUUGCUGGACCUCGACUACGCAAUAUGGCUUCCCUCUACGGACAGCUGGAUACAACCAAGAAACUCAGAGAUUUCUUUACAGUCACAGACCUGAGGAUCAGGCUGCUGAGACCAGCUAUUGGGGAAAUAUUUGUCGACGAGCUGCACUUGGCACGCUACUUUUACGCCAUCUCAGACAUAAAGGUGCGAGGAAGGUGCAAGUGUAAUCUCCAUGCCACUGUGUGUGUAUAUGACAACAGCAAACUGACAUGUGAAUGUGAGCACAACACUACAGGUCCAGACUGUGGGAAAUGCAAGAAGAAUUAUCAGGGCCGGCCUUGGAGUCCAGGCUCCUAUCUCCCAAUCCCCAAAGGCACUGCAAAUACCUGUAUUCCCAGUAUUUCCAGUAUUGGUAACUGUGAAUGCUUCGGCCACUCCAAUCGAUGCAGUUAUAUCGAUCUGCUCAAUACAGUCAUUUGCGUGAGCUGUAAACACAACACUAGAGGGCAGCACUGUGAGUUAUGCAGGCUGGGCUACUUCAGAAAUGCUUCUGCACAGCUGGACGAUGAGAAUGUGUGCAUAGAAUGUUAUUGUAACCGUUUUGGCUCAAUCCAUGAUCGUUGUAAUGGCUCAGGAUUUUGUGAGUGUAAGACUGGAACUACAGGGCCUAAGUGUGAUGAGUGUCUGCCGGGAAAUUCCUGGCACCACGGCUGUCAACCGAAUGUCUGCGACAACGAACUCCUACAUUGCCAGAAUGGAGGGACCUGCCACAACAACGUGCGCUGCCUGUGUCCGGCCGCCUACACGGGCAUCCUGUGUGAAAAACUGCGGUGCGAAGAGGCCGGCGGCUGCAGCUCCGACUCAGGCCAGGGGCCAACCCCAAAGGGUUCUGUAGCUCUGCUGCUGCCCCUGUUUCUGACCUCUCUGCUCCUGGGAACAGCCAGCUCCCCAGGAUUCUAG